AUACUUCAGUCAUGUCUGCCUUGCGGGGAGCCGUCCACGCCAAAUGGAUCAUAGGGAAAGUCAUUGGGACCAAAAUGCGGAAGACGGCGAAAGUGAGAGUCACGAGAUUGGUGCUGGAUCCUUAUUUACUGAAGUUCUAUAACAAACGGAAGACGUACUUUGCUCACGAUGCACAGCAGCAGUGCAUCGAGGGCGACAUAGUUCUUCUGAAAGCGUUGCCCGAGCGGAGAAGCAAGCACGUGAAACAUGAACUGGCUGAGAUAGUCUACAAGGUUGGGCGAAUCAUCGAUCCGGUGACAGGGAAACCCUGCGUGGGGCAGAAGCUCUUAGACAGCGUCACAGACUCGGACAACCUCACCGACAGAGAUACCAGCUAUCUCAGUGAAAAACUCCAAGAACUCACCGUUUCCUCUCCAGACAAAUGAAGGGUGGGAUUGGCUAGUACCUGGGACUUUUCCACGUGUCUCGAUGUGUGACACAAUGUUUGUGUGCUUUCCAAAGUGGUCACAAUUAAUAAUAAACUGGAAUUGAGUUGUA